CAGCGCUCUCCCCGGAUCGUCGUGCGGGGCCUGAGCCUCUCGGCUGGCGCAGGCUCUGGUCGCGCCAGCUCGCUCCCGCCGCCAUGUCUGCUACCAUCGAGCGGGAGUUUGAGGAGUUGGAUGCUCAGAAUCGCUGGCAGCAACUGUACUUGGAAAUUCGCAAUGAGUCCCAUGACUAUCCUCAUAGAGUGGCCAAGUUUCCAGAAAACAGAAAUCGAAACAGAUACAGAGAUGUAAGCCCAUAUGAUCACAGUCGUGUUAAACUGCAAAAUGCUGAAAAUGAUUAUAUUAAUGCCAGCUUAGUUGACAUAGAAGAGGCGCAAAGGAGUUACAUCUUAACACAGGGUCCACUUCCUAAUACAUGUUGUCAUUUCUGGCUCAUGGUUUGGCAGCAAAAGACCAAAGCAGUUGUCAUGCUGAACCGAGUUGUGGAGAAAGAAUCGGUUAAAUGUGCACAGUACUGGCCAACAAAAGACGACCGAGAGAUGCUGUAUAAAGAAACAGGAUUCAGUGUGAAGUUCUUGUCAGAAGAUGUGAAGUCAUAUUAUACAGUACAUCUACUGCAAUUAGAAAAUAUCAAUAGUGGUGAAACCAGAACAAUAUCUCACUUUCAUUAUACUACCUGGCCAGAUUUUGGAGUCCCUGAAUCACCAGCUUCAUUUCUCAAUUUCUUAUUUAAAGUGAGAGAAUCUGGUUCCUUGAAUCCUGAACAUGGGCCUGCAGUGAUCCACUGUAGUGCAGGCAUUGGGCGGUCAGGCACCUUUUCUCUAGUAGAUACCUGUCUUAUUCUGAUGGAAAAAGGAGAUGAUAUUAACAUUAAACAGCUGUUACUGAAUAUGAGAAAAUAUCGAAUGGGACUUAUUCAGACACCAGAUCAACUCAGAUUUUCAUAUAUGACUAUAAUAGAAGGAGCAAAAUUUAUAAAGGGAGAUUCAAAUAUACAGAAACGGUGGAAAGAACUUUCUAAGGAAGACUUAUGUCCUGCUUUUGAUCAUUCACCAACCAAAAUAAUGACUGAAAAAUACAAUGGGAACAGGAUAGGCCUAGAAGAAGAAAAACUGGCAGGUGACAGAUAUACAGAACUAUCCUCUAAAAUGCAAGAUACUAUGGAGGAGAACAGCGAGAGUGUUCUACGGAAACGUGUUCGAGAGGACAGAAAAGCUAACACGGCUCAGAAGGUGCAGCAGAUGAAACAGAGGCUAAAUGAGACUGAACGAAAAAGAAAAAGGUGGUUAUAUUGGCAACCUAUUCUCACUAAGAUGGGGUUUGUGUCAGUCAUUUUGGUUGGCGCUUUUGUUGGCUGGACACUGUUUUUUCAGCAAAAUGUUCUAUAAAUAAAAUAUUCAUUCUGCCCAGCAAGCUUCUGCACUAGUAGCUGACGGUGUGGCAUCUAUCACAAGGGUUUGUCUGUUAGCAAACUCCUCAUACCCCAAAACGGUGCAGUAGAAUAGACACCAACCAGAUAAGUGAUAUAUUCAGUCCCCAGCCCAACGUCUCAGGGCGCUGCCCCAGACUGUAAACGGCUAUCUAAAAUAAAGACUUGAAUGCUUGUUAAAAACUGGUACAUUUUGCAACUGUAUUCACACAUGUUAAGCGUAAUAUUUCACCUGACCAGAUUGAGAAAUCCUUGAUCACAAGGAUUUGGUUUUGGAGGCUAUCUGGAUUUUAACCUGCACUUGAUAUAAGCAAUAAAUAUUAUGGUUUUGUCUAAAUUAUUAUUGGAAAGAAAAUGACUUUUAAGUAAUGUGUGUAAUGUAUAAUGUACUAUUGGUAUGGGCAUCAACAUUUUAUAUUCUUAACCAUUUCAGGGUAAAUAUAUUUUAUAAGUACCUAUUUAAUCUUACUUUUGUAGUUAAAAUGUACUUUUUAAAAGCUCAAUUUGCAAAAUCUGUUAACAUAAAAAAUAAAUUGUAUCUUGAUUCAGUUGUACUGGA